AUGGAAGUUCCCUCACUGCAUCCCGGAAUUGUCUUCAUGCUACCACUCGUUGUCGGCCAUUUGUUUUUUAGAAGUACAAGCUCCCCGACACACAAAACACAACACAAUCCCGCUAUUAUUGUAAAUAUUUACGGAAUACAGCCGCAGUGAGACGUGAUCAGCCGUCAUGUCCGACUUCAUUGAUAGCGAGGCUGAGGAGUCAGAGGAGGAGUUUGAAGAGAAAGACCUGAAGCCUAAAAAGGCCCAGAGGUUUAUGGAGGAAGACGAUGAAGAGGAAGAAGAGAACACAGAGGACCAGGAUGAACAAGGAAAUUUACGCGGACUCAUUGAUGAUGGAGACGAGGAGGAGGGGGAGGAGGAGGAAGGAGCUCAAGGGAGUCCGAGUGGAGGGGGGAGUGACUCAGAGGAGGAAGUGAGGCAUAGACGUAAAAAGCGCAGGCAUGAUGACUACCUGGAUGAUGAUGAUCUUGACCUAAUUGAAGAAAACUUGGGUGUUAAAGUGAAAAGGAGGAAGAAGAAAUAUGACCGUGUAAAAACACUUGAUGACGACGAAGAAGAUGACGACGAGAAGGAUUUGAUUGCAGAUGAGAUUUUUCACGGUGAUGCAGAGGGCGAUCUGGAGGAUGGCGAGGCUGUCGAUGAGCCUCUCCAACACGCAGAUGACGACGAAGAAGGGGAGGACGAGGAGUCAGAUAUAGACGAUUUUAUUGUGGAUGAUGAUGGGCAACCCAUCACCAAAAAGAGGGGCAAGAAGUUCUCAGGAUACACAGAUGCAGCCCUCCAGGAGGCCCAAGAAAUCUUUGGUGGCGACUUCGACUUUGCCGACUUUGACGCAGACGCUUACGAUCAGGGUGAGGAGGAGGAAGAGGACCAGGAUGAAGAGGGCUGGGACCGACCCAAGAAACAGACCAAGAGGAGGCAAGGGAGGAAGAGCAUCUUUGAGAUCUACGAGCCCAGUGAGCUGGAAAGUAGUCACAUGACUGACCAAGACAAUGAGAUCCGCACGACUGACAUGCCUGAGAGGUUCCAGUUACGGUCCAUCCCUGUUAAACCUGCUGAGGAUGAUGAGCUUGAAGAGGAAGCAGAAUGGAUCUUCAGACAUGGCUUCUCUACUCUUACUAUCUCCAUGCAGGAGAGCACAGAUUAUCUAGACAGGGGGACGACCACAAACUUCAGCAGAAAAGGCCCCAGCACAAUUGCGAAGAUCAAAGAGGCCCUCAAUUUCAUGAGGAAUCAACAGUUUGAGGUUCCAUUCAUAGCUUUCUACAGGAAAGAAUAUGUCGAGCCAGAGCUAAACAUCAAUGACCUGUGGAAGGUGUGGCAGUGGGAUGAAAAGUGGACUCAGCUAAAGACCCGGAAGCAGAACCUGACCCGUCUGUUUCAGAAGAUGCAGUCCUACCAGUUUGAGCAGAUCUCAGCUGACCCUGACAAACCUUUGGCUGACGGCAUCCGUCCUCUGGACACCGCUGACAUGGAGAGGCUGAAAGAUGUGCAGACCCUUGAAGAGCUGGGUGACGUGUACAAUCACUUCUUGCUCUACUAUGGCCGAGACAUCCCCAAAAUGCAGAAUGCCGCAAAAAACAACAAGAAGAGGCUGAAAAAGAUCAAAGAAGUGUCAGAGGAUGGUGAAGAAGAGGAAUUGGAGGUAGAACAAGAAGAAGAAGAACAGAAAGGUCCUGACCUCAAGCUGGCGUCUCGCAGAGAUAUGUACAGUAUCUGCCAGAGCGUUGGACUUGAUGGCUUGGCUAAAAAGUUUGGGUUAACUCCAGAGCAGUUUGGAGAAAAUCUGAGAGACAGUUACCAGCGUCACGAGACGGAGCAGUUCCCUGCCGAGCCCAUAGAGCUGGCCAAAGACUAUGUUUGCAGUCAGUUUGCCACUCCCGAGGCAGUGCUGGAGGGAACAAGGUACAUGGUGGCCAUGCAAAUUGCUCGUGAACCUCUGGUCAGACAUGUUCUCCGGCAGACCUUUCAGGAGAGGGCCAAGAUCAACAUCAAGCCUACAAAGAAGGGCAAAAAGGAGAUAGACGAGGCUCAUUUCGCCUACUCCUUCAAGUAUCUUAAGAACAAGCCAGUAAAAGAGUUGAAUGGGGAGCAGUUCUUGAAGAUGUGCCUGGCAGAGGACGAGGGACUCCUUACCAUUGACAUCUGUAUAGACCUUAUAGGGGUGAAAGGAUAUGCCGGGGACCAGACAUACUUUGAUGAGAUCAAACAGUUCUACUACAGGGAUGAGUUCAGUCACCAGGUGCAAGAGUGGAACAGGCAGCGAACUUUAGCCAUAGAAAGAGCUCUGAAUCAGUUCCUGUACCCGCAGAUGGCCAAGGAGCUUAAGAGCAAACUGAUCGCUGAGGCCAAAGAGAGCAUUGUCAGGUCCUGCUGUCGUCGGUUGUAUAACUGGCUUAAGGUGGCUCCUUAUAGGCCAGAUCAGCAGGUUGAGGAAGACGAUGAUCUGAUGGAUGAGAGUCAAAGCAAAGGCAUUCGGGUGCUGGGUGUAGCCUAUGCCCCCAGCAGAGACACACCGGUUUUCUGUGCUCUGAUCAACGGGGAAGGAGAGGUGGUAGACUUCUUGCGUCUGCCCUACUUCAUGAAGAGGAGGAAUGCCUUUAGGGAGGAUGAGAGAGAGAAGAAGGCACACGACAUUGAAAAUCUCAAGAAGUUUCUGUCCAGCAAGAAACCUCAUGUGGUAGCUGUCGCCGGGGAAAACCGAGAUGCCCAAAUGAUAAUGGAGGACAUCAAGAGGACUAUCAGUGAGCUUGAGCAGGAGUCCUCUUUGCCCGCUGUUGGAGUGGAACUCAUUGACAAUGAAUUGGCCACACUGUACAUGAACAGCAAGAAGUCUGAGGUUGAUUUCAGAGAUUACCCUCCCUUGCUGCGACAGGCCGUGUCGAUUGCCAGGAAGAUCCAGGAUCCCCUGAUAGAGUAUGCACAGGUUUGCAGCUCAGAUGACGAUAUUCUUUGCCUCAAACUACACCCGCUACAGGAACAUGUGGUGAAGGAGGAUUUGCUCAGUGCUCUUUACUGUGAAUUCAUCAACCGUGUCAAUGAGGUUGGAGUAGAUGUGAACAAAGCCAUUGCCCAUCCUCACACUCAGAGCCUGGUCCAGUAUGUCUGCGGUCUGGGUCCAAGGAAGGGCUCCCACCUGCUGAAGAUUCUGAAGCAGAACAACACUCGUCUGGAAAACAGAACCCAGCUGGUCACAAUGUGUCACAUGGGACCCAAGGUCUUUAUAAACUGUGCCGGUUUCAUCAAGAUUGACACCGCAUCGCUUGGAGACAGUACGGACUCCUACAUCGAGGUUCUGGAUGGGUCUCGUGUCCACCCUGAGACAUACGAGUGGGCUCGCAAAAUGGCCGUGGACGCCCUCGAGUAUGAUGAGUCGGCAGAAGACGCCAACCCAGCCGGAGCUCUGGAGGAGAUCUUGGAAAAUCCAGAACGUCUCAAAGACCUGGACUUGGAUGCCUUUGCUGAGGAGCUUGAGAGACAGGGUUACGGCAACAAGGGGAUUACUCUGUACGAUAUCCGUGCAGAGCUGAGCUGCAGAUACAAAGACCUGAGAGUUGUCUACAGAGUCCCCAACACAGAGGAAGUCUUCAACCUGCUCACCAAGGAGACUCCAGAGACCUUUUAUAUUGGUAAGCUGAUCACCAGUGUAGUGACUGGUAUUGCUCACCGGAGGCCUCAAGGAGAGAGCUACGACCAGGCCAUCCGUAAUGAUGCUACAGGGCUAUGGCAGUGUCCCUUCUGCCAGCAGGACAACUUUCCUGAACUCAGCGAGGUGUGGAACCACUUUGACAGCGGUUCUUGUCCAGGUCAGGCCAUUGGGGUGCGGUCCAGAUUGGAUAACGGCGUCCAGGGAUUCAUUCCCACCAAGUUUCUCAGUGACAAAGUGGUCAAACACCCUGAAGAGAGGGUCAAGGUGGGCAUGACCGUUCACUGCCGCAUCAUGAAAAUUGACAUUGAGAAAUUCAGCGUCGAUCUCACGUGCCGCACCUCAGAUUUGAUGGACAAGGCCAAUGAGUGGAAGCUCCCCAAGGACAGCUACUAUGACUUUGACACAGAGUCCGAAGAUCAAAAACUAGAGGAAGAGCUCAAAAAGAAACAACAGCGAACACCAUAUAUAAAGCGUGUGAUCGCCCAUCCCAACUUCCACAAUAUCAGUUUCAACCAGGCAGAGAAGAUGAUGGAGACCCUGGACCAGGGAGACUUGAUCAUCAGACCCAGCAGCAAGGGAGAGAACCACCUCACAGUCACCUGGAAAGUGGCUGAUGGUAUCUACCAGCACGUGGAUGUGAGAGAAGAGGGCAAAGAGAACGCAUUCAGCUUAGGGCACACUCUUUGGAUCAAUAAUGAAGAGUUUGAAGAUCUGGAUGAAAUCACUGCUCGGUACAUUCAGCCAAUGGCGUCAUUUGCCCGAGAUCUGCUGGGGCAUAAGUACUUCCAGGAGUGCAACGGGGGAAGCAAGGAGAAAAUGGAGGAGUUAUUGGUCAGGACAAAGAGGGAAAAGCCCACUUUUAUUCCGUACUUUAUUUCGGCAUGUAAAGAUCUGCCAGGAAAAUUCAUAUUGGGCUACCAACCUCGUGGAAAACCACGUGUUGAGUUUGUGACCAUCACCCCGGAUGGCUUCCGUUACCGUUCACAGAUAUUCCCUACAGUGAAUGGACUAUUCCGUUGGUUUAAGGACCAUUACCAAGAGCCUGUGCCAGGCAUCACUCCCAGCAACAGCAGCCGAACAAGGACGCCUGCAUCCCUGAAUGCCACCCCUGCCAAUAUCAACAUCGCAGACUUGACGCGCGCUGUCAACGCCCUCCCACGCAACAUGACCUCUCAGAUGUUCAGUGCCAUCGCUGCAGUCACAGGCCAGGGCCAGAACCCCAACACCACCCCUGCACAGUGGAGCUCCAGCCAGUACGGCUACGGUGGCAGCUCAGGAGGAGGAGGAGGGAGUUCCUCUGCUUAUCAUGUAUUUGCCACACCUCAGCAGCCCAUUGCGACGCCCCUGAUGACGCCCAGCUACUCCUACACCACACCGAGCCAGCAGGCCCUGGGCACACCGCAGUAUCCCGGCUCAACCCCGCAGUCCUCACACUCUCACGCACACGGCCACACACACGGAGGCCACCCGUCGCACCACGGACAUCAAGGCCAUCACAGCAGCCACCAUGGCCACUCGUCCGGCACGCCGUCGUCCUCCACAUCAUCCAGAGGACGGACGCCGCAGCAGCAGCAGCCGCAGCCAAAGGCCAGCGGCAGCAGCGCCUCCGCAGUGGACUGGGGCAAGAUGGCGGAGCAAUGGCUGAAGGAGAAAGAAGCGGAGGGUCGGAAGAAAACACAGAGGAUGACGCCACGACCGUCACCCAGCCCCAUGAUAGAGAGCACGCCCAUGUCGAUCGCCGGAGACGCCACACCCCUGCUGGACGAAAUGGACCGAUAGGACAUGUAGGGGGGCGUUGCCACACCCCCACCCCCCUUUCCUUCACAACUCCAUCCUCUGUACUGCCUCUUCAUCUGGAAAACCCUCAACUCUCUCCCACAACCCAUCAGCCCUUUCAUCCAGUUUACCAACAGCUGAAGCCCCCUCCAUCUUGCAGACUCCUAAUACUGUAGCUGCAGUUUAUCAUUCUGGUCUGGUAUCAUGGCGCAUCUCAACUCCUUCCUUCCUCUUGUCCCCCUCCCCGUCUGCCCUUCUCAUCCCAAAUGUUUCACCUCCUCACCUCCAGGCAACUCCUUUGGCUGCUUAGUAUUUUGUAUAGUCAGAAAAACACUGUAUAUGACAUGCAGGAAGUCAGCACGAUGACAAAAAAAAAACUUGAACUAUCCGACAGCAGUUACAUAUAGGAUAUGGACCUAAACAGACUAUGUCAGACAGGCUGUCUACUGUCUUUAUUUUUGCGAUUGGUUAUAGUUUAAUCCAUGACUGGUUGAGGGCACAGUUACAGUUCCCAGAACCCACUUUUCCUCCUUUAUGGGUUGGUGGAUUUUUGUGAGCAGGUGCCAAAAGAUCGCUUUUGCCAAGCCAAUCAGGAAAUUUAAUUUUUGUAUGGAAUGUCAGAAUGAAUAAAGACUUGUUUAUUUUCUGUUUGAACCGUAAGCCUCCGCUCUUCACAUCUGUCAAAGCAAACACAUGUGACUGUACAGACACACACACACACACACACACACACACACACACACACUGAGUGUGAGGAAUGCGGCUGAUUAUAAAAAAAAGGCUACAUUAAUUCAAGGAGAAACCUUCAUGUUCGCUUGAGUUUCUGUCAAACAUGAGUUUCUGCGAGUUGUCUUUCUCCACCACAUGCUGUAUUAUGGCUAGCUGACUAUGUGUUUUGGCUCCUGUAGAAAGCCUCUAAUGUAUUGUUGACUCUUAUUUGACCUCUCAGCAGACUGUGGACACUGACAGUGUGCCACAUUUGAGGUAACAGUGGUGGUUUUUGACGAUUUCAUCUGCAUUUAUGUGAGGCAUGGCAGAAGGAGUUACUCCCCAUUUUAAAGCAGUUUGUUUUAGUAACAAUAUCGAACAGGCAAACGUUCAAAGUGGAAGCACCUCUUCAUGUCAAGCAAGCCUCCAUGGCAGUGUCAGAGGGUUAUCUGUUUUUAAAGUUAACUAAAAUUUGAAUCUCUUGUAUCUGUAAUGUUUGCAGUUCAGUGAGCAUUUCACUUGUGACAUUGGGUUAUGAUGUUUGCCACCUUGUAGGAUGUUAUCUCCUCAGAUCUCGCUGCAAUUCAGUCCCAGACUGUAACGCUUUUCCCACUGAAUGUCAACAAGCAAGAACAAGUUUCACAGCUGCAGCAGUAAAAUUUAGAGUUCAAAUUUCUCUAACCGUAACACUAUCAGCAGGAGAUACUAUCAAACUAACGUCCCACUAUGUUUAUAUUCCUAACUGUAUAAUAUUCUGAACUGCACGCAGCUAUUUCAGUAGAAUGAAGAUAUUGUUGUUAAAAACACAUUGAAUCUCUUUUGUGAUCGUCGUGCGGCAGUUUUAGGCCACUCUGCAUCCCUCUUGACGGAUGCAUUCAGUUUAUUUUUCGUUUGUUUUUGUUUUUUUGCUGUGCCUCUGUGCCACAGUACAAACAAGCAGCGCUGGUAUUCAAUGGUGUGCUUCAUUUUGCAGUGUGCAAAGUAUCAUGGUCCCACAAUAUGCAUAUUGUUUUAAAUAAUUAUGGUUUAUGAGUUAACUUACUUGGUUUUACGUCUCUUGCCAGAUUAAGACACACUGCAUCUUUCUCAGUGAGGCUGUGAUUGGAUCUCGGCAGUAGUUGGUGAUAGAGGAGAAAUGAUGUCUCUGGCACUGCUGAUGACCUUUUCUACCUGUGAUCCCUUUAAUAAAAGUGUUCAUAUUAUAA